AUGCCUUUCAUCAACUCUCGUGUCGACCAAUCCCAUGACAUCUUGUCGAGUGCUUCGAACCUUCAAAAGAAGGAUUUUGAACUUCGCAAUCUCGUGGCAGGUGUAUGGGAUCUAGCGUCAGCUGAAGAAGAGCCCCCGGCAGAAGCACAAUGGAUGAAGUCCAUCAAUCCGGGCUCAGAGUCGGUGGUUGGUGAGGAUGAGCGAACACCAGUGAAGCCGGAAGAUUACGCCCCUGGAGGGAAGUAUCGCUCGAUCGUCAAAAUAUUUGCGCAAUACGAAUAUUCGAAUGGGUGGGCUAUGGGAACUGGCUGGCUAAUCCGCCCUGACCUAAUGGUGACGGCUGGCCACAUCGUCUUCAACCAUGGACCCAAGUUUGGUCGUGCAGCUGUUAUCAAAGCGUACAUCGGGUACGAGGGUAAGAAGUCUAUCGGAACCCCUGGAGUUCAGUUCCGCACCGGUGUCAGAUGUGUCACCACAGCAGGCUGGCUCACUCGAAAAGGGGCCAAACCAUUCGAUGUAGGAUUUGUCAAGCUUAACAAACCGUUCGAAGGCAUUGAGCCAAUCGAGUUCAUGGAGACUCCUACCAGUGGUACGAAUAUGCUAGGAGUCGUCGGCUAUCCUGGUGAUCUCGAACAUGAUGGCGAAAGAGGCGCCCUCAUGCAUGAGAUGUUCGUCGAAGAGAGUUUUAACCUCGCCGAGCAGGACUUGAGAAUGUUGGAAUACACCAUCGAUACCUAUGGAGGUAACUCCGGUUCCCCCGUUUUUCUGAAAACCGAUUCGUUCACGAAAUCUGUCGGGGUUCAUGUUUAUGGCGGCUCAAUCAACUCUGCUUCUGUCAUCGGCGAAUGGGGCAAUCCAUUUGAAGAUUAUCUAUCGGUCAUGACUGCUCCACUUCCAGCUGAUGGCGGUCUCCAUUACUUGCCGGCUUCUCGCUCAACCGCCGUUAGUCUCUCCGGCGAUCCCAAAGACAGCAAGGCAUUAUACACUCCGCUUGAACAUGGAGGAAGAUACUUGUCAGACCAAAAAUCGCAGAGCUUUGGAUCAUUCAUCGAUGAUGUGUGGAGCAACUACUCGACAACCGAGAGCAGAAAUGAAUGGAACAACAAUUGGAGCAGUUACGACCACAAUAAGAGCCAAGAAUCUCAGGAUACAAACGGUCGGAACGAUGCUGAUAAAGUUGUUCGCUUCCGAGACGGCGACGAAACUUCCCAGGACCACGCAUCCCAGGACCACGCAUCAAGCAAGGGAAAGGUCACUAAGACGAUAGAAACACACAGCACGACAACGACUACUAAGAUAGAGAUAAAUGAUGGUGAUGGGAAUGUCGAAGAUUCAAAUGGGGGGAUUGCUCGCGCAGAUAGAGGAGGCACCGAACAGAAGAAUCGCGGUUCCAGUAGCAGCAGGUUAGUGGUUUUUCCGAGAAGCUCAACACAAGCGCUUAAUGAUACUAGCCAAAACCAACUCGAGAACUCGGGUUCAAGGAGAACUGUGAGACAGUCCGGGGAAGAUGCCGCACGGUCGGGGACGGACUCCGUCAACAAGGGCUUGUCGAGAACGGGUGAACAAACUACCCGUAAUGGUUCAAGUAGCGCCUUCAAUCAGACACGUCAGGAUCCAUCUCAAACCACGAACCGGGGCUCAAACCAGUCUGGCGGACAGGCCCAGAAUGGAAAUCAAUCUUUUGGAGGACACAGCCAAAGCGCGAAUGGGUCCGAUGGUUCAAGUAGCGCCUUAAAUCAGAAACGUCAGGAUUCAUCUCAAACUACGAACCGGGGCUCAAACCAGUUUGGCGGACAGACCCAGAAUGGAAAUCAAUCUUCUGGAGGACACAGCCAAACCUCAAAUGGGUCCGAUGGUUCAGGCAAGGCGCAGAAUACAGACACAACAUCAUCCCGAAGCCAACAAAAUACAAACACGACAUCGUCUCGAAGCGAGCAAAGGACGAAUCAAUCCAGUGCGACAACAACCACCAAGGGAUUUUCGAGCAGUUCCAUCAAUCAGAACAGUCAGCAGAACACUUCUGCCGGUAUGAAGGCCUUGUCCGAUCACUCUUUCUCUUCACAAUCAGGCUCAACGAUUUGCGCUGCCUGUGGAAAAAGUGAAAAAGAUUGCUCUUCAUCUGGAGCAAUAUAUGAUGACUUCAGACAACCUCCAUCUACCGCAAGUACAGGCAUGUCAGGAAGCAAGAGUGAGCGGACAUCGGCGAGAGGUGGAUAUUGGUCUUCACAAACGGAGACUGGAGACCACUAUCAGUCUCAGGAUACGACUUCAGGGACGCUAGAUGGCGCCUCUGGUCUCUGCAUUGCGUGUGGACAACCCGCCUGCCCAUUUUCGCAGAGCAUAUUCCAGGACUUUCAAGGACGCUUCCCUGUUUCAAAGAACAAGGAAAACUUCCCUUACUUUUGGCCUGGAAGUCUGCCACCGAAUGAUUCACAAUCUAGUGGGACUGAAAGCUUUACAUUGUUCGGCCCUAAGGGUCAGCAAUCGAUAUAUACCGAGCAGAUGGCGGUAUGGCAACUAGGCACCGCCCCUUGGCUCCCUCCUUCAACUAAGGAUGUGAAACUGGGGCAACUUGGAUGUUUCAACGAUGAUGGGACUUGGCAGGUCAUUGCCCAGAUAACGGAUCCGAAGGAUAUCGCAAAGGCGAAUCAAAGAGCCUACAACCGCCAGAAGCUCCUCAAACCUUUUUCCACUGGCGUGCCUGCCAUCCGCUCAGCCAGCAACACCGAAUGGAGCGCUAGAAUCACUGCAAAUGUCACGAGUACUGACCUUUCCACCAACGCGAAGGUAGACGCUGUUUUACCUGUGAACGCCGAGGUCAAAUUCGGCCUAUCUAAGAAAAAUUCCAAGGGAGCAAUUCUAGUAGUGGAAAACCCCAUUACCAAAACAUGGUUCGAAUCAGGAGAGACGUCGUUCAAACGAUGGAUCGACGACAACGUAGACGCACUCAAAUCGAACUGGGCGAAGGAGCUGGACCGAGGCUUGUGGCUCAUCAGAUCUUUGAUCACAACGAAAACAGCAUAUAUUAGUGUUCUCAACAGUCAGAAGAGCGAGCUCACUAUUGGGGGUAAAGUGACAGUUCCGGGAUAUGGAGGUGGAGGCGCCGACUUCGGAAGGACGAGUUCAUCGAAGGUUGAUGGGUGGGAAACCCAUACAUCUGGCCCAGAUGAACAAAGAAUCGUAUUCAUGUCCGCUUAUCGUUAUGACAAAGGAAAGCUAUGGGGGAUAAACCAAACUGAAAGUGCUUUGACAGAAAUGUCAGCUGAAGAAUGCAUGUUUCCGGGCCAUGGAGUCGUUGGCCACUUACCACAAGGGUCAUCUACAGAAUCUAUUUUUCCCAUCCCUACGGGUCCAAUCUGGCCCCCAGGUCAUUUUGAGAAACACAGAUUCUUAUCCUGA